UUCUUUCUUUCUUCCUUUCUCUUUUUCUCUCUGUGACUCUCUCUCUCUCUCUAGCUUCUUUCUCUUAGUUGUUGAUGUGAUUCUCUCCACUAUUAUCUCCAAAAACCCAUCAACCUUUUACAAAAGAAAGAAAGAAUUAAAGGCCACCACAGGAGAGAAUCAUGGUUUUCUCUUCCAUUCCAGCUUAUCUUGAUCCGGCCAACUGGCAGCAGCAACCAAAUCAUCACCACCACUUAACAGAAAGCAACACCAAUAACAUUAGCAACAACAACAUCAACAACAACUCUCACUUCCUUCCGCCUCCUCCUCCGCCGCUGCCUUCAAACACUCAUGACGGCUGUGGGGUAGGUGGUGCGGGCUCGAUCAGGCCAGGCUCUAUGGCAGAUCGAGCUCGCAUGGCCAACAUCCCCCUCCCUGAGCAAGCACUAAAAUGUCCGCGGUGCGAAUCCACCAACACUAAGUUCUGCUACUUCAACAACUACAGCCUCACACAGCCCCGCCACUUCUGCAAGACUUGUAGAAGGUACUGGACGAGAGGCGGGGCCCUGCGAAAUGUUCCAGUUGGCGGCGGCUGCAGGAGAAACAAAAGGAGCAAAGGAACCAGUAGCAGCGCCUCCAAGUCCCCAGCCAGCAGCUCGGACAGGCCAACCGGUUCGGCCGGUUCGUCGGGCCACGCAAAUUUAGGGUUAAACAACAGUAGCACGGCCGGCUCGGCGGAUAAUAAUAACAUGAGGAUGAGCCCGCACAUCCCACCGCUGCGUUUCAUGUCUCCUUUCUCCACCGACAUGGCCUUAAAUUUCGGCAUGAUGAACAAUAAUAAUAGCAGUAAUUAUGGAGUUGGAGACUUGAAUGGUUUUCAUCAGAUGGGGAGUGGUCUAGGAGCUAGCGGUGGAUCGCUCUUUACUUUCCAGCAGCAGACGCCGUCAUUUCCGUUCAUGGCCGGGUUGGAUCCUACGCCGGCGGGGCUUAUGUUCGAGAGCAGCGGAGUUGAGGUACCGGGGUAUAAUCAGGUGCGGCCGAGAGUACCGUUUGCUGGGAUGAGUAUAUCUCAAAUGGCUUCGGUGAAGAUGGAAUUAGAAAGUCAGCAGCAACAACAACAGAAUCAGGAGUUGAAUUUGUCGAGGCAGUUGUUGGGGAUGAAUAAUAAUUCAGGAAAUGAUCAGUUCUGGAGUAAUGGCAGCGGCCGCGGCAGUGGUGGUUCUAGUACUACUACUGCAUGGACUGAUCAUUUGGGGUUUAACCCUACUUCCACUACUAGCAAUAAUAUUAACAAUCCCCUAUAAAAUUCAGUUCCAGUUUGUACUUUGGUGAUUAGAUCGAAUACUUCACUGCGAAGCUAGCUUUGAGUUUUACUUAAUUUUAUAGAAAAUUAACUCAGAAGACAUCAAGACUCAAGAGCUCCCUUCUUAUCAUUUGACGAAAAAAUGUGAGGAAAUUAAGGAUGAUGAGCUUUGUUCUUCAUGAUGAUAAUGGUAGGUUUUUGUUUUAUGUUCUUGUCUACUUUUUUCUGUCCUGCUUCAUCUGUGAGCUUAGGGACUUUGAUCUUUUGGGUUUGGUUUUAGGAAGGCAUUAUAUAUAUGAUGUAUGAAUUAGCUAGCAUGCUUGCAACACAAGUACUGAUUAAUUAGUGAUGAGUGUAUGAGUACUUCAUGGAGUUUUGAAUGAAAAUCGAACGUGUUGUACUUUAA